GAGGGCGGGCGAGCGGCGGUUGGCGGUCCGGAGGGUGAUGCGCGCGGCUAUUUCGGAGCGGAGGCCUGACCCUUGUCGGCGGGCGGCGAGGAGGGGCCACGCUCUGGCCUUGGCCCGGCCUCCCCCCGCGGGCCGCCGGGGCCUAUAAAGCAGCAGCAGCAGCAGCAGGGAGGAUGCAGCUCUUCAGCACCGCCGUCGUGCACUACCCGCCGCCCGCCACCCCCAACGCAGCCUCGGGAGGAGGAGGAGGAGGAGGGGGAGGAAGCCCCAGCGCGGACAGCGGGCCCAGCGCCGCCUUCAAGGCCUCUGCGGAGGGCGCAGCAGAGGGGGAGAGCCACCCCUCGAGAGGAGACUCCUCCGCCAUUAUGCCCGCCUUCUCCUGCUUGGAGCUGCUCCCCGCGGCGCAGAGGAAGCCCAACAUGGUGCGCCGCCGGCCUCUGGACCCCUCCUGGCUGCCCCUCGAGAGCGGAGGAGGAGAGGGCGCCGCUCCAGCAGCAGCAGCAGCAUCCGCCUCGGGAGGGCCUGCCUUCCCGCCCCAGCCGGAGCCUAGCAACCGCGGCCUGCGCUUCAGCGAGCACUGCCAGGCCCUGCAAGCGGCGGCCUCGGCGGCGGAGGAGGACCGGGCCGCGCACCCGGAGGCCGCCUCUCCGCCCUCGAAGCUGGCGCUGUACUUGGCCGAGGUGGAGAAGCAGGACAAGUACCUCCGGCAGCAGGGCCGCUUCCGCUUCCACAUCAUCCCGGACGGGAACUGCCUCUACCGCGCGGUGUGCCAGGCCGCCCACGGGGAGCAGCGCCGCCACGGGGAGCUCCGCGAGCAGACCGUGCACUACAUCGCCGACCACCUGGAGCACUUCGGCGCCCUCAUCGAAGGCGACGUGGGCGAGUUCCUGGUCAACGCGGCGCAGGACGGCGCCUGGGCGGGAUACCCGGAGCUGCUGGCCAUGGGGCGCAUGCUGGGCCUGGCCGUGCGCCUCACCACGGGCGGCCGGCCCGAGAGCCCCACCGUGGCCACCAUGGAGCACGCCCUGCCCGGCGGCCUCGGCCACCAGCCCCGACGCAGCAGCGGCAGCAUCUGGCUCAGCUGGCUCAGCAGCGGGCACUACGACGCCGUGCUCGACCGCCCCGCCCCCAACCCCGAGUACGAGGCCUGGUGCCGCCAAGCCCAAGCCCAGCGCCGCCGCGACGAGGAGCUCGCCAAGGCCAUGGCGCUCUCGCUCUCCCGGAUGUACCUCGAGCAGGGCCAGGGAAGGGGCGCCGCCGCCGGGUCCUGACUCCCAAGGCCAGGCCGGGAGGGAGGGAGCGAGGAACGGAGGGCUCGCCCUGGAGGCCUUAAGACUUUCUGCGGGACCAGCCCAGGCUGACUGAAGUCUGUGCAGGACUGGGCAAACUUGGGCCAUCCCUCUAGGAGGAUUGGACUCCCAACUCCCACCAUUCCCAACAGCCUCAGUCCCUUCCCUUUACUUUCCAAACAUCUAAAGCAGACUUGGGCAAAUUUGGGCCCUCCAGAUGUUUUGGACUCCAAAGCCCACCAAUCCCAACAGCCUAUGUCCCUUCCCUUUAAUUUCCAAACACCUGGGCAAACUUGGGUCCUCCAGAUAUUUUGGAUUCCAACCCACACAAUUCCCAACAGCCACAGGCCCUUCCCUUUAAUUUCCAAACUUCUAAAGCUGGCAUGGGCAAACUUGGGCUCUCCAGAUGUUUUGGACUCCAAAUCCCACCAUUCCCAACAGCCUCAGUCCCAUCCCUUUAAUUUCCAAACUUCUAAAGCAGGCCUGGGCAAACUUGGACCCUUCAAGGUAUUUUGGACUCCAACUCCCACCAUUCCCAACAGCCUCAGGCCCUUCCCUUUAGUUUCCAAACUUCUAAAGCAAGCCUGGGCAAACUUGGACCCUCAAGGUGUUUUGGGUUCCAACUCCCACCAUUCCCAACAGCCUCAGUCCCUUCCCUUUAAUUUUCAAACAUCUAAAACAGGCCUGGGCAAACUUGGACCCUCGAGGUGUUUUGGGCUCCCAACUCCCACCAUUCCUAUCAGCCUCAACCCCCCCCCCCCCUUAGAUUUCAUUUAACUUCUCUAGGGCAAAGAUAUACUAACCCCAGAAAAAGUUUUGAAGGUUUUAGAUCAGACAUGGACAACCUUGGGCCCUCCAGAUGUUUUGGACUACCAACUCCCGCCAUUCCUAUCAGCCUCAAACACCCCCCCCCCCCCAUUAGAUUUCAUUUAACUUCUCUAGGGCAAAGAUAUACCAACCCCAGAGAAAGUUUUGAAGGCUUUAGAUCAGACAUGGACAGCCUUGGGCCCUCCCACCAUUCCAAACAGCCCUUUAGAUUCCAAACGUCUAAAGCAGGCAUGGGCAAACUUGGACCCUUGAGGUGUUUUGGACUCCCAACUCCUGCCAUUGCCAACAGCCUCAGCCCCCUCCCUUUAGAUUCCAAACAUCUAAAGCAGGCAUGGACAAACUUGGGCCCUCCAGAUGUUUUGGACGUCAACUCCCACCAUUCCUAACAGCCUCAGGCCUCUUCCUUUUCCCCCUCAGCCGCUUAAGCAGCUGAGGGGGAAAAGGAAAGGGCCUGAGGCUGUUAGGAAUGGUGGGAGUUGACGUCCAAAACACCUGGAGGGCCCAAGUGUGCCCAUGUCUGAUCUAAAGCCUUCAGAACUUUCUCUGGGGUUGGUAUAUCUUUGCCCUACAGAAGUUAAAUGAAUGGGAAUACAUUUUCAAUGCCAUGGGUUGGAUGUAGACAUCAUGUCCUCCAAAUCUGAAGAAUGUGGGAAGAGCUUUUCUUCUCCCUGAAGCUCUGCACGUCCUCUAAAAUCUGCUUAAGGCAGUGGUUCCCAACCAAGGCUUCAAGGUGUUUUGGACUACCAACCCCCAGAAAUCCUAGCCUUUUUACCAGCAGUUAGGAUUUCUGGGAGUUGAAGGCCAAAACAUCUGGGGACCCAAAAGGUUGAGAACCACUGGCUUAAGGAUUCCUCCCCAAGCAUCAAGCAGACUUUGUUUUUUAAAUGCGUUCCCUAAUUAAAGCAUUUAAAUACAGGGCAGAUUAAAUUUUCAUAAAGGUCUAAAACGUACACUUGCUGUGCAGGAAGGAGAACAUCCCCACAAACAAAUUGGCUUUUCCUAUCCUAGAAUUAAAUUGAUAUAUUUUCAAAGCCCCAAAAAAGAGACCCGAUGCUGUUAGGAAUGGUGGGAGCAAAACACCUCGAGGGAGGGCCCAGGUUUACCCCGGCCUGGUUUAUAUCAACACAUACAGCCCUUCUUUUGGCACAGUUGAAGGGGAAAAAAAACCCAAUCUGCAGCCUCUUAAUGCCAAAAAAUAAGUCAGUAAGAGAUCUGCUUUGGUUUUUGUUUUGUUUCAUUUUGGUUUUUGUUCCUACUCAUGGCUUGUGGCCUAACAGUUAUUUUAUGCUGGUGUUCAAAACAGGCAUAUACUACUAUCUUUCUGUUAAAAACUGCUAUUUUUCUUCUCCUGAUGAACUGAAAGGAAGACAGUGAUUUUCCAGAUCGUCUUUUUCAAAUAAGAUGCAAUCAAGUUUAAAUUGGUAACUUUUAAAGAUGAAUUUAUUAUUACUCUGCAGAGCGGGAUUGUUUUUUUUUUCUUCCUCCCAGACAGUUGAAACAUGCUUUUUUCUCUCCUUUAUCUCCAAGAAUGGUACAAAGAAAGAGCAAUUGUGACUUUUCUGGUGUUCAGUUGUUUUUUAAAGUAAACUGGCAUUUUCAGUUUUAUUGCCACCUUUUUUGGUUUGGAUCUUCAUCUACCAAAAAAAAUUUUUUUACAAAGCUAGGCUUCAAUUUGUGAAGGACUUGCUGAAAUUGUUCUUUAAGAAUGGCCUUGAUUUGUGGUCUUGUUUUUUUUUAAUGGGUAUACAUGCUUCCUGCCUGCCUUCUGACAGCACACUAGCAGGUUCAUUUUAUCACAUUUUAUUCUUUAGAUGUUUUCUAAUGGCUAAUAAUGGGCUUGCUCUGGUAUUAUGUAAAAAAUUUAUACUAAGUUUAUAUGGUUUGCUGGGUCAAACAUUCAAGGUUUUCAAGGUAAAAGCCACCUUCUUUAAUUUCUAGUUAAAUUGAAAUGGCUAGAUAUAUUUAUUAAGUAAUGGAGUUUGUACUUUUUUAUUUUGUGACUUUUGAAUUUAUACUGUAUUUGUAUAAUAGGAAAAAUCUUAGCUAUUCUGAAAUAAAUGUAUAGUUUUGCUUGGA